CUGACGAGGACAUUGUCGCAUUUCAGAAAAUACCAGAAGACGCUCUCAGAGGAGUCACCGGAAGGUCCAUUCUUGGCCGUUCUAGUUAUCACAGACGAAGAAGCAGAAACAGAUGAUACGUUCUGUUUGGGGAUGUGUAAGAGCACAAAAAUCGAGAUGCUUCCGUUCCCUCAAGACAAGAUCUUAUCGGUUGUUCACACAGAUAGUUCCGGAAACAGAGAUACUUCGGUUACGAAGGUCUUCUUACACGUUGUUCACGCUAGAGGCAGACACAAAGGUGAAGGAAAGUUUGUGUAUUCUAAGGAGAUAGAGAAAGGAAUGUGUUGUUUUCUAGAUAUCUUGCAAGUCAAGAAACCAAAACCUUUGGAUCCAAGGAAUAUUUAUCAGACUGUGAAGAUCAACCGCCGUCAUGACCAUAUUUUCUUUGCAAAAUCUGUUGCCCCAGACGGUACACCACCUUUAUUUCUCAAGAAGAAAGGAUGGGAGCUACCAACCUCGAGGAGCCUGCAUCCGAGGAGGGGACCUAGAGAAACCCUAGGCCUAAACGAUGAUUUAAGAGCCCGUCUCCCAGAAUUCGGAUUCUCAGUCUCAACAAUUUGGUCCGGGAGUGUGAUAGAAGGAGAAUGGUAUUGCCCAUUUAUGUUUGUGAAGGAGAAUUGUAGUGUAAGUCAUCAGAUGAAGAAGUCAAUGUUUUAUAGGAUGACACUAUCCCAAUACUGGUAGCGGAUCUACCACUGCGAAAACAAUAACUUGGAUGAAACCAACGACGAAAACAAUAAUGAGGAUGAUUGAGUGGUGAGGGUAAAAGCGAAUAUGGUGAGAGAGGCUAACUAUGUGAUGAUUAUGGAGGUGGUUAAGGGAGAGAAAGAAUGGCAUGGAGGGGUUUAUUGGUACUGUUCGGUUCAAGGUUUUCGGGGACUGAGGGGGGAGAGGAGAAGGAAUACGGGUUUUGUGUCUGUUGUGGGGCUGAGGUUCUUGGUGGUGGAAAGAAUGAGAAGGGUAAUGGAGGAAGGAGGAUGGGUGUUUCUGGAGUGGAGAGAGAUGGACAAAUUGGUGUUUCUGGAGGAGAUUUGGGCUGAGAAGAGCAGAUGGAGUGUUGUUGGUCAAAUGUUUAUUUAG